GUCCGGUCCCAGCACGGGCACCAUUUUAAGGAGCGGCCUCGGCUCUGGGCGCGGCGGAGCGGCUAUUAAGGCUCCGGGAUGCGGCGCUUCAGCGAAGGGGCGGGCGAGGCGCUUCCUCGCUCUGUGGCGGCGAUUCCUCACACGGGUUGCCGCAGGCGGAUGGGAGGAGAGGCGCUUUUUCCGCCUCAGGGCGGACCCCGGGCUCAUCCACACACGCGCGUGUCGCUUCCUCCCUCCCCCGUACCUGUUCUCGGCCAUGUGCUCGAAGAUUUCUCUUCCCGUCCAGCUGGCUAAGCCACGCCGCUUUAAAAAUGACUAUCCAGGAAGGUGUGCCGUGGGAAACGGGGGCGGGAGUUGCGGUGCGGGGAAGUCAGUUGGCGUCGUGUGUGCGCGCUUGUCGUAUAGAUAGACACCGUGAAAAGCGCCCCCCCUCCCGAUGUAGGCCCUGCAGUAUGUAACCUGGCGGGCCCUUGUUUUCCCUGCCAGCGCCCUCUAGUCACGGCUCCUCUCUUCCUCCCAGCCUCCCCCCCCCGGGUCGCUGUAUAGAGAACACAUAGUUUUGUUCCUGCCGGAGGGUUUCUGACUGCAAGUUCUGUAACGGAAGCCAUAAUUUUCCUUUGUGGUUUGGCAUCGCUACGUGUAGCUCUUAUUGCAGGGGCCGCUCCAUCUUCCAGGCUUAGAAAGAUAAUUGACUCGCACUUGAUGCAAGUUUUGAAAGAGUCUGAUAAAUGCAAGACCUUGGGAACGCAAGUUUCAUCAUGCUGGAUUGGUCAGUCUGCUCGGAGAAACUUUUAAAUGUAACACUUAGCUGAUCAAGAUGUAUUUCACAUCAGUGGAAGUGGUUUCUGAGCACUACUGUGAAACAGUCAAGUUCUUAAAAUAGGUGGCAUUGUGGAAGAUAAUAUUCAGUAAUGAAUUGUGUGCACAAUAACGUCAUAUGGGUUUAAAUCUUCCUGUAGUAGAAUCUCAGCAUGUCUACUGUUUACAGUAUGUUCUAUAGCAUACAGAUUCUUUCCCCUGUUGGUUUUCAAACGUUUGCUCCCAUUUACCAUUGCUUCAUCUUGAUUCCUCCCAUUUGAGUACCCAUGUGAUUGAUAGAGUUGAAGUCAACUGCAGCUGGAUAGCCAUGAGCUCCUAUACAUUAUAAGAAUUAAAUCCCACUUCAUGACAGAUGUUCUCCAAUAAGUGUGCACAAGCCCCAUUAAAUAUACUGGAAUUAUAUCUGAGUAAACUUAGGCAGCUAUCUUAGAUCUUAAACCAAUUUGAGGGGUUUUGGGAUACAGUCAAGCAGUAUAUAUAUGUUAUGAAAUGAAAUAAAAUAUGGAGUCAGGCCAUUCAGUUUGUUUUACACAGUUUUAUCUAACUAAUUGACAGUAGCUCUUCAGGGUUUCAGAUGGGAUAUUCCCAGCUCCACCUGGAAAUGCUGAAAAUUGAAUUUGGGACCUUCAGGGUGCAAAGCAGAUGUUCUACAACUGAACUCUGGUUCAUAUGAAUAGUAAUAAUUACUAGUACAUAGUUGUAUGUAUGUAUUCAAUGUAUAUCCCGCCCUUCCUCCCAGAGGAGCCUACUUUACAAGACUUGAUGAAACUGCAAAUCUUGUAGUUUAAUUGUGGUUGCAUUAAUUAUAACAAAUAAUCCACUUUUGGAAGGCUCCCAAAAUAUAGACACUUACCAGCCAUUUUGUUUAAUUCUUUUCGACUGACAGUGCAGACGGUCUCUUAAAAUGCUCUUGCUGCUUAGGUGUAAUUCUUUGCAUACUUGACUGACUUUUUAAUAAGUAUGUACUAUUGUAACUGAUGGGGCAAGGAAGAAGAGAAAUAACUGUUAGUCCUUUGUUGAAAACCAAAUUAAUAUUGGUUGAAAACUAAAUUAUAUUUUGCUUACAACUUGCUGUCAGUUACUCUUUCAGAUAAAGUGACUACUGUAAUUUUGUUGCAUAGCAAUAAAGACAGAUGUAAGUUUACAUCUUCCUCUAAACAUGUGCAUAUGAUCCUUAAAAUGCCUAAUUCAAACAAGCCUUUGUUGGCUACAAAUUCCACUAGGAACAUUGCAGAAAAUCUGUCUCAGUUCUACACAUUUACAAAAUUAAUUCUGAAAUGAGUAAGCAUUUAUUAGUAGAUUUCAGGAAUCUUGUUGGCUGGUGGCAUUCAGGACAGUUACUGUGAAGGACUGUGCCACUUACUUACAUAACAUUAAGUACAACUUGAUUCCCUCUGAGGACCGCGUUGUGUUCAGGAUUUCCAAAAGUAGAACUCUCACCAUAAGAUGAUCCCACCAGAGAAGGGAGUGGAGGCAAUUCCUGUCAAUACUUCCUUUCCUUUGUACCACCUGAAUAUUCUGCAGAAGGUUGGGGGCCCCUCCAAAACAUUGUGGGAAGUGUUGUGAGGAGCUGCAGGAAGAAGGUCCCAUCUGCAAAUGGAAGGAGCCCUUCCAUUCACAGUAGGACAAUUCACUACACAACAUGUUUUGUUUGUGGGUCUGCUUUAUAAAAGGUUUGAAAUAUGGUCAUGUUGACUGAUAUCUAAUUUUUAUUUAAUAUACAUUAUAACCAUAAUCCUACAGGUUUCUGGCAAUUCACCUUGCUGAAAUACUUCUGCAAGUGUUUUUGGAAUUUGUUGAUUGUUACUGUUGGUGAAAACAUGCUUAUGAAAGCAUUGUGUUCUACCUCACAAGACUGAGAAUUUGGUGUUAAUACAUGUUGUCACUUACAUUUUUCUUUAAAGUACUUUGUGUAGUUUUAAUGUUAUUCUAUGGAUAUUUUAUUUAUUUAUUUAUUUAUUAUUGCAUUUUAUGUCCCACCUUUUUGUCCAAAGAGCUCAAGGUGGCCUACAUGGUUCUCCCCACUCCUUAAAUAAUUCCUGCAACAUCCCACUGAGAGGCAGUGACUAGCCCACAGUCACCCAGUGAGCUUCAUGACCUAGUGGGGAUUUGAACCCUAGACUUCUGGAUCCUAGUCCAACACUCUAUAAUCACCAUAACACACUGGCUGUCAGUGUGGAUAAUGAUGGGGGAAAGUCAAAGUAGAAUUUAGCAUUUCAUCUAUGAAACAAUCUAUUGCUGACUUAAUUGGUCAAACUUUGUCUUAUUACUUGAUAGCAACUUCACGUAAAGUGCCUUUAUUUUUAAUUAUGUCCCAUAUAUUGGCCAUUCAGCAAACUUUAAUUCAACUACCUUUGCAGGCUACAUAUCUUUAGAGGUUGCUUAUAAAUUGUGAUUAUGGUUAAAUAUUCUGAUGUUUGUCUUCUGGGCUUCUAAGCAGUACUUCUAAUAUUUUAUAUCUUUGAAGUAGGUGUUUUGCUCAGUUACAGAGGUCAUAACUACGUGUUGCACAUGACACAGGACUGCUGCCAAAAAUUGCAGCCCCAUAUCUAGUUAUUCUCUCCCCGCCACCCUUCAUCCAUACCCCAUUUAAUGCAGUCAUUACAUUGUCUGUGUCUCCUCCCCACCCUCCCAGCUAAUGCCAAUAACAUGCAAGGCAGAAACUCGCAGUAUUAUAUUGUCACUCACAACAUGGAAUGAAUUAUCCUAAAUGGGAGGACAGGGAGAACUUGAGAGAGAUGACUCUUUCAGCAGCCUCAUAUUGGGUGUAGUUUUAGUAUUGUUGCAGUAACUGUUGCUCUUAUCACUCCUGCAUGUUUAGCUGUUUUCUUAAACUUUCUGACCAUAAGUCAGAAAUGCUUCAUCUUAAACUCAUGAAACGGUGAGCUGACCCAUAUUUGUGAUGAAUAGCCUUUUCCCAAAUGAACGGUUCCUUCAGAUUUUUGCUCUUACCUGCUUUUCAGUUUGUCAUGUGCUCUUGUGGGCAGAAGUAGGUAAGAAUCUACAAGUAGUAAUCUGGGUGAUUUGCAGUAGAUUUUUAAGGGCUGCUUUGUCAACAACAGUAACAAUUUAAAUCUCCACCAUAUCUAUCAUUGUAAAACCUUGCUAAAAUGUAACCAGAAUAUAUUUUGGAGAGUUUUGACAUUGUGUAUCAGAGGUGGAGAAACUCUUUUUUUCUCAUGGGACAUUGAUUCACAGGAAAGAAACAAAAAAGAGCCAGAGUCCAGGGUGUCUCCUCCCUGCAGGCUCCCUUCCCCUGCAGCACCACCAAGGCUUCAGCAGAAUCACUUUCCAGCCAUCUCUCUUAAAAUGGGUGGAUAAAAGAUCUCGCAGAUGGCAGAUAACAGUAAAACAGAAGAUGCUGCCUCAGAUUCUGUGGAAGCUGCUAAAGGUACCGGUGAUAAAAAAGAAAAGUUAGCAGACCAGGUAAUGCAGAAUCCACAAGUCUUGGCAGCUUUACAGGAGCGACUUGAUAAUGCACCUCAUACUCCUUCCAGCUACAUUGAAACCUUACCAAAAGCAGUAAAAAGAAGAAUUGAUGCCUUGAAACAGCUUCAGGUGAAAUGUGCCCAUAUAGAAGCUAAAUUUUAUGAAGAAGUUCAUGAUUUAGAGCGAAAAUAUGCAGCCCUGUACCAGCCUCUCUUUGAUAAGAGAAGGGAUUUUAUCACUGGUGGUGCUGAACCUACAGAGGCAGAAGCAGAAUGGCACAGUGAAAAUGAGGAGGAAGAAAAACUUGCUGGAGAUGUGAAAAAUAAAGUAGUAAUAGAAGAAAAAGAAGCAGGAGCAGCUGAAGAGACAAAUCCCAAAGGAAUCCCAGAUUUUUGGUUCACAAUAUUUAGAAAUGUAGAUAUGCUGAGUGAAUUAGUACAGGAAUAUGAUGAGCCAAUUUUGAAGCACCUGCAGGAUAUCAAAGUAAAAUUUUCUGAGCCAGGACAGCCUAUGUCUUUCACAUUAGAGUUCUACUUUGAGCCCAAUGACUAUUUUACUAAUUCGAUUCUGACAAAAACAUACAAGAUGAAGUCGGAGCCAGAUAAGACGGAUCCCUUUUCAUUUGAAGGCCCUGAAAUUGUUGACUGUGAGGGAUGUACUAUUGAUUGGAAGAAAGGAAAGAAUGUUACAGUUAAAACAAUAAAGAAGAAACAAAAACACAAGGGGCGAGGCACAGUUAGAACAAUUACUAAACAAGUACCCAAUGACUCAUUUUUUAACUUCUUCAGUCCAAUAAAAGUUUCAGGAGAUGGAGAAUCACUGGAUGAAGAUUCAGAGUGUACUUUAGCUAUAGAUUUUGAAGUUGGACACUUUUUCCGUGAAAGAAUAGUUCCCCGUGCUGUACUCUAUUUCACUGGGGAAGCUAUAGAGGAUGACGAUAAUUUUGAAGAAGGAGAGGAAGGAGAAGAGGAGGAAUUGGAAGGUGAAGAAGAAGGAGAAGAGGACGAAGAAGCAGAAAGUGAACCUAAGAAAGAUGCCAGCCAGCCUGCUGAAUGCAAACAACAAUAAGGAAAUACCACUUCAGAGUGAUAUUUGAACAACCUGUAACAAAUAUUUGGAUACCUGGCCUGCAGUUCAGGAUAUGCCAUUGCUGCAGCACAAUCUUAUUAACAACGCUUAAAACUAAAUUGUUUUCAAAUGCAUGAUUUUCACUAACUUUUUUCUUAUUUUUUGCUUAACUUGUACAGUGGCAACUUAAUGCAUUUGAGAAAUAUGAGGUUUAAUUAAAGCACACACUCAACAGCCUUUGGUAUACUGUAGCUCAACCUGUCUCAGUAGGCUUUCAAAUUAAAAUGGGGGGGGGGGACUAAUUUGCCCUUCUGAAAUACCUGCCCUCACUUCAGUGAAUUUUUUUUAUCUAAAUAUUGUGGAAUAGUUCACAUGAAAAUAUAUUGAAUUAAUAAAAUACUUGCAGUGAAAACAAAUAAAGCAAUAUGAUUUCUGCUAGCUCUUAUUCCCUUUAAAAUAACAUUAUUCCUGCAACCUACCAAUCAGACUAGUGCUAUAGAGCAGCUUAAAACAUUGUCAUCUCCAGUAAAAGCAAUCUGAAUUUGAAGUAACAUUUCCUUUAUCUUCUUUGAAGAAGGUGGUGGUUGACAGAUACUUAGUUGUUCACCUUAUUUAUUCAUGUUUGUAAGUACUUUGAUGAACUAGUGCUUUUAAUAGUUUUAAAUAUACUUGAAGAAUAUUUUUCCUGUUUAUAAAAUAUGGGUACAUGUACAUGGAAAACAUAGUCUGCUCACAGAAUGAUUGCUCAUCAAACAUUUCAAAACAAACUGGGAAAGAAGAGAUCCUGAGACGAGCCUCAUAGUUGAUGGAAGUGGGUUGCAGCAGUAAAAUGUAUCACUGGUCUAGCUUAGCCUACAUUACCAAACCUGGUUCAGAUGGUCCUCCAAAACAAGGAUUGGGAACGAGCUACAGCUUUGUGUGCUUCCUCACCUCUUGUGUGCAGCUUCACUUUUCAGUUUCUUUUUGAGUGUGAGCCAUAAAUUAUUGUGAAGUCUGAACUGGCAAGCUGUGGUUUGCACUUCAAAUCAGAAUUGUUGGUUUCAAAUUCUA